AUGCUGGGUAUUUUCAGUUGGGGCGGAACAGAGAGCUCACAAGAACAGAAACACAUCAGGAAUGCUAUUCAUAAUAUACCCAACUACUUGGAGGGAGAAAACGAAGAUCCAAUUGACCUCCAGGUAAAAUCGCUUACUUAUGUAUUCAAGAGGCUCAAGGCAGAUCGAUGGGGUCCUUUUCUGCAGGCCGACGAGUCAAACGGUUACGGAUAUUCAAUGAAAGUAGACAAUACCUUGAGCUCUGGGAAUUACGGUAAUGAUAAACUGGAUGUCAUCUAUAAUAUCAAGAGGUUCGAAGAAAAGCUAUUCACAGACGAGCAUCGGAUACUGAUAGACUUUCCAAAGAAUAAGAUGCGAAGCUUAUUGAUUCUUUCUGACAAUACAGAUUCGUCUAUUAUUCCCUCAUUGGGAAAAGAGAACUUUCAAUUCCAUGUGUUGAAGCCUAAUGGUUCGGAUGAAGAAUACUAUAGUGUUCUCAUUGAAAAAUCCAACAUUUAUGAGGAACACCAGGUCUCAUAUAGAACCAAAAGUUCUAUUCUAGGAUCAGCAAUUAGGUACUUGGAUGGGAUGAAACCUCGGGAUGAGUUUACCAAGGAUGAUCGUGCUUGGAUAAUAAGGCAAUAUGUGAACAAAUUAGCCAUUCAUGUGCAGACUCAAAGAAUCUACCGUGAAUCUAAACGACAGGCCAGUCCUUCAAAAUCCAGGCCUGUUUCCAGGCCUACAUCCCCAACUAAAGACAGAGUUCUACCAAUUCCCAUCACCCAAUCUCGCGUUCCUGACCCUAAGUCACUACUCAGGGAUCAAACUCAGUCACCCCAAGAAAGACCACUAUCACCCCAAAAGGAGAGACCGCUAUCCCCCCAGAAGCAAAGACCACUAUCACCUAAGAAGGAUCGACCUUUCUCAACCUUCAAGGACAUACCAAAAUCUCCAGCAAAAGAAAAUGCGCAGCUGGUUAUCCCUUCUCCCUUGUCGAAAACAUCAAGUGUUCGACAAUCUACUGCAAACUCUGAUAUCUCCAACUCCUCUCAAGAAGACGAUAUUUAUGAACAGAGUGCACUAGCUGUCAGAAUUCGAUUGGACAAGGAAAGAAAAUUCAUCAAAUCCUUUAAGUUUGCCAAUCAAAACUGA